CCUCUCGACCUGCCGUACGGCGGCGCACUGGAGCAGCAGCGAGCUUAGCUUAGCGCUCUCCAGCUAGCGGACACCGGGAGACACCGGGCCGACAAAAGCGCACAAUGGCGGGCGUGCACCCUCAGGACGACCUGCUGAAGAUGACACACAGAGACAACUGGAAGGUGCAGCACGAGCGCCUGCACCUGAAGCACCGGGGUCACGAGGCCAUGCACGCGGAGAUGGUGCUGAUCCUGAUCGCCACGCUGGUGGUGGCCCAGAUCGUGCUGGUGCAGUGGAAGCAGCGGCACCACCGCUCCUACAACCUGGUGACUCUGGUCCAGAUGUGGGUCGUCCCUCUUUACUUCACCAUCAAACUGUACUGGUGGAGGUUUCUGUCCAUGUGGGGCAUGUUCUCCGUCGUGACCAGCUACGUCAUCUUCAGAGCCACCCGGAAGCCGCUGUCCUGCAGGACGCCCAGGAUGGUGUACAAGUGGUUCCUGUUGAUCUACAAGCUGAGCUAUGCCGUCGGCGUCCUGGGCUACCUCGCCAUCAUGUUCACCAUGUUCGGCUUCAACGUCUUCUUCAGGAUCAAGGCGGAGGACUCGAUGGACGUUGGCGUGGUCAUGCUGUUUUACGGGCUCUACUACGGCGUCAUGGGCAGAGACUUUGCUGAAAUCUGCUCGGACUACAUGGCUUCUACAAUCGGGUACUACAACAAAGGAGGCAUGCCCAGCAGGAGCCUGACCGACGACAUCUGCGCCGUGUGUGGUCAGAGGAUCCUGGUGGACGUGGAGGAGGAGGGAUUUAUAGAAGACACCUACCAGCUCUCCUGUGGACACACAUUCCACGAGUUCUGCAUCCGCGGCUGGUGCAUCGUGGGUAAGAAGCAGACGUGUCCGUACUGCAGCGAGAAGGUGGACCUGAAGAGGAUGAUGAACAACCCCUGGGAGAAGACUCACGUCCUCUACGGGCAGCUGCUCGAUUGGCUGAGAUACCUGGUCGCCUGGCAGCCCAUCAUCAUCGGUAUCGUGCACGGGAUCAACUUCUCCCUGGGCCUCGAAUAGAUCCCAGAGGGGCGUCGCCACCAGUGCAGCAGAGUGUCAGAGUCAGCGCCACGAGGAACCGAUUCAGGCUGCUUUUUGACGUCUUGUGUUUCGUCUGCACGCGCUGUCGGGCCGCACGCUCGCACGGCGUCCAGCAGAGCGACCCCUGCUGGUCUGGAUCUCUGUGCGCAGAGGACACGACGCCAAGGCUGCCGCCAACUUCAGCUAAAGACUUGAAGAGCAGAUCCGAGAUUUGAUCACCUCAUGUCAGUUUGACGUCAGGAAGAUAAAUCUGGGAGAUGUGGGGAAAUGUCAUGCAUGUUGUUUUUAUCCAGAUGAAUCAUUGCUUUACUUUGUGCUGCAUCAUUAAAACGUCUUUUUAAGCAGUUUAAUUUGCACGCGCUCACUGCUGGUUCUGCUCACACCAGCAGGAGUUCCUGCUCAAAGUGAAGACCAGAAGGCCAGCAGCUGUUCAUGUAACUUGGUUUAUUAGAUGUCUGCUCUGUUAUGUUUAUAUCUGAGUGAAGAUAAAGCUGAUGCCAGCAGUGUGGACGACACCCAGACUCACCUUCACAGAACAGGUGGAGGAGGGGCACAGGAAGUGCUUUGCUGCACGUGUGCCGUCACCGUGGCAGCCAGCGUCCACACAUCGGUGACAGGAGUCGGCUCCUCCCGUCCUGCCUGGCUGUCACAUGGACGUGCUUUGCUAUCAAGACUGCUGCUAAUGUUAACUUUGUAGUUAUUAAAUACUGAGAAAAGCUCG